GAGAUGCGCACACUGAGGACACCGCAGCACAGAAAUGCGCACGGCUCCGAGCCAAACCCGGCUAUAGCUUCACCUCCCGACACCCCUGACCCAUCUCUCAACACAAUGGGUUACAGGGAAUAUGGCUAACUUUGACACACUUUGCAUGCCACGGGAAAAUGCCCUGCGUUGUCUGGAGAGCUGUGCCGCCGAGCGGCUGAAUUGAGAGCACAAUAACAGAGACUUGAGAGAGAGAGAGGGAGGGAGGGGGGUGGGGGGGCAGCUGAAUCCAGUCAUUUCUAUCCCAGCUCCUCUCCCACUUUGGUUUUGAGAGAUGAUCACGGAGCUGGUUUGCACCGCCGUGGCUGUGGGUCUCCAUCUGAACACGCUGGACGCAGAUUUCUGCUACGAUGACAGCCGAGCCAUCAAGACCAACCAGGACCUACUUCCUGAGACUCCGUGGACCAACAUCCUGUACGACGACUUCUGGGGCACCCUGCUCACUCACAGCGGCAGCCACAAGUCCUACCGUCCACUCUGCACCCUCUCCUUCCGUCUCAACUACACCCUGCACGCGCUGCGCCCCUGGGGCUACCACCUGCUGAACGUGGUUCUGCACGGCCUGGUCACCGCCCUCUUCACGGCCUUCAGUCGCCCGCUUCUCGGUGGAGGGCUGUGGAGCCUGCUGGCUGGCCUUCUUUUUGCUUCUCAUCCGGUCCACACUGAAGCAGUCUCUGGUGUGGUCGGGAGGGCGGACGUCGGCGCCGCGUUGUUUUUUUUGCUGUCUCUCCUCUGCUAUGUGAAGCACUGUGGACAUCGUAGGGACCCUCAUGGGGCUUUUCAGACCGGGCGAUGUAGCAGCUCCUGGUGCUGGGGCUGGAUGCUGGGCAGCCUGUGGUGUGCAGCAGCCAGUAUGCUGUGGAAGGAGCAGGGGGUGACGGUGCUAGCCGUGUCGGCCGUGUACGACCUCUUCGUGUUCCAGAGACUCCGGUUUCGCCAGGCGCUUCUCCUCCUGCUUGGAAAGAAGAAGAACAUUAGCGUUUUGCUGAGUCUCUGCGUGCUUGCUUCAUGGGGAGUGAUUCUGUUGUCAGCUCGCCUCUACUGGAUGGGCAAUAAGCCUCCCAACUUCUCCAACUCUGACAACCCCGCAGCCGACUCUCCACAUUUUCUCACUCGAACACUAACGUUCCUCCACCUGCCCGUCGCCAACGCCUGGCUGCUGCUCUGCCCUGACAAGCUCAGCUUCGAUUGGUCCAUGGACGCUGUGCCCUUGGUCAGGUCCUUGGCCGACUGGAGAAACCUUCACACUGUUGCCUUUUAUGGUGGAUUUAUCCUCCUGGGCUUGUUUGGCCUUCAGGGCCCCACCUCCAAAGCCAAGGAGACCAAUGGGAAAGCCUAUAUCACUAAUGGGAAAUCAAUCACCAAUGGGAAUGGUUACCAUGUCCCUGACACAAACCAUAACACAGACCAGGGGCCACCAAAGACCACCCUGAACGGGUCAGCUGGGCUCCACCACUGCCCUCCUAGGACCUCCCUGCCCCCUACAGAACAUCUAGUACUACUUUCAUUAGGCAUCCUCUUAUUGCCUUUCAUUCCAGCCACAAACCUGUUCUUUUAUGUAGGUUUUGUAAUUGCAGAGAGGGUACUGUACAUCCCCAGUAUAGGCUUUUGUUUACUGGUUGCUGCUGGUGCAAGAACCUUUUACGUCAGACUGAGGACUAGAGGCUGGAAGGCCUUAAUGUUGUGUCUCUGUACGGGACUCGUGCUGCUGAAUGGACUCAGAACUGUUCAAAGAAACAGGGACUGGAGCAAUGAGGAGAAUCUCUACAGAUCUGGGAUUAAUGUGAAUCCUGCUAAAGCCUGGGGAAACUUGGGGAACGUACUGAAAAACCAGGGCAAGAUGGCGGAGGCGGAGAAGGCAUACAGGAACGCUCUGCACCAUCGAGGGAACAUGGCUGACAUGCUGUAUAACCUCGGCUUGUUGCUGCAGGAAAAUGAGCGGUUUUCUGAAGCGCUGCAUUAUUACCAACUGGCCAUUGGGAGUCGGCCGACACUGGCAUCAGCCUACUUGAACACAGGAAUCAUCCUGAUGAACCAGGGCAACCUGGAGGAGGCUAAACGCACCUUUCUGACUUGUGCCGACAUUCCGGAUGAGAACUUGAAGGACCCCCACGCCCACAAGAGCUCGGUCACCAGCUGCCUGUACAACCUGGGAAAACUGCUCCAUGAACAGGGCCAGCAGGAGGAGGCCCUGUCUAUUUAUAAGGAAGCGGUACAGAAGAUGCCCAGACAGUUUGCACCACACAGCCUUUUCAACAUGAUGGGAGAGGCCUACAUCAGGCUGAACAGGCUGGAGGAAGCAGGCCACUGGUACAGAGAGUCCCUCAGGGUCAAGCCUGACCAUAUCCCUGCCCACCUCACUUAUGGCAAACUCCUGUCCAUCAUUGGGCAGAAGACAGAAGCAGAGAAGUACUAUCUGAGAGCUAUUCAGCUCGACCCGACAAAAGGAAACUGCUACAUGCACUAUGGUCAGUUUCUGCUGGAGCAGUCUCGUCUUGGCGAGGCGGCGGAGAUGGCGGAGAGAGCUGCAGAGCUGGACAGCUCAGAGUUUGAUGUGGUCUUCAGCGCUGCUCACAUGCUCAGACAGGCCAGUCUUAAUGAGGCAGCAGAGAGGCAGUAUGAGCGAGCAGCCAGCCUCAGACCAGAUUACCCGGCUGCUCUGAUGAACCUCGGUGCCAUCCUCCACCUGAAUGGGAAACUUCCCGAAGCGGAGACAAACUACCUGCAUGCACUCCAGCUGAAACCUGACGAUGUCAUUACCCAGUCCAACCUGCGCAAGCUGUGGAACAUCAUGGAGAGACAAGGCCUGCGGAUUAAGCGUGGACUCGGGAUGCAGAAGGGCGACCUUUGAACUGAGAGAGUUGCUGCUCUGUUCCCUUCCUGAUGACGCAGUGUGUCCUUUAGGAGCUGUGACGCUCGUGGAAGACAGUUUGAGGCUUGGCAUUUUUGUGAUUCAAGGAUGUGGGAGUUCAGCCCAAUGACGUGUCACCACCAGUGCAGUAUGGUUGCUCAAGCGACUGAUAUCACCUUUGUUAAAAAGGGAUAUUCAGCUGUUAAAUGAAAGGCAAAUAAAAGUCCAGAAGAAAAAGUAUUUUCUCGAAAACAGCCGAAUAUUACUCGACUAUCUUUAAAAACAUGGGUACGUUUUAAAGCACUUAAUUUGAAAGAAGAUUUUAAAGUGGUCAGCACUGCAGCUGGUUUAUGUUAAAUAGGAACUCCAACGAUUUAAGCAUUAAAGUCUGUUAAAGGUCUUCGGGAGUACUACUGCAUAUGUGAAACAUGUUGUAUUAUAACCUUUUGUGGCCACGGAGGAAGCUGCCUAAUGUUUGAUAAAUUGCCUCAUGUGAUGUCACUCGAGUCAGCAUCAGUUGCAGCCGAAGACUACAAGUUUGAAAACGUAAAAAAAAAAAAAAGUUUGUCAGACCUCUGUGGCCUGCUUCUCAACGCUGCUUGAGGCUAGCUGCUACUAGCAUUAUACACCCAAAUCUCUGGCGAGUAGCAUUGUGGGUAAUGGAGGCACCAGGUUGUGACAAUAAAGAGUAAUGUAAGGAAUACAAAAAGACGAUAUCUCUGGUUCCAUCCAUUUUUAUCCUUUUUCUUUUAAACUGGCCAUCAUGAGUCCGACAAUGUUACAGGAGUGCAAUGCUUAAUGCGUUUGUUACUCUUUAAAAAUGUUUUAAAGCAGAUUAAUUACCCUCAGGGUGCUCUCGCCUUCCACUUUUCUUCACACAGUAAAUGCAUAACAUUAAAAAGCAUGCCAGUGCUAAGGCAUUUGCAGGUACCUCCGUCUAAUGCAGAGCUUUGUAGUAAAUUGCUCCGACCAAUUCAAAAGAGCAGGUUAAAGCGUGUUGCAUAGCCAACUCGCAUUCUGUUGUCCAAGUCACUGAAAAUGGUUUGCACCUGGUGCGUUGGAAAUGCUUGCGACUGUAAAAUUGGAAACGGAAUCAUGAAAGAGAAACUCCUCAGCGGUGCCAAAGCUUGUACGGAGUCUUUUACGCCUCUCGGUGCCAAGCAAGUACUAAAAUGUUUCAUGUUCAUUGUGUCAAAUGAAGAAGUUUAAUUUCAUGUGAUCCAAUUUAAUUUAUUAAUACAUGUUAUUUUAUGUGCCAACACUGUGCCGUCACAGUAAGCCCACCCCCUCUGAUUUCUCCACACACACACACUGUAGAUACAGUAGGCAACAUGAGAAGUACAUUAAAAUGUGUAUUCCCCCACCCCCCCCCUCUCUGCUCAGGGACUUCAGGCUGUGGUUCCUGUCACAGGGUGGCUUUGUGACACAGAGAGAGUUUCUUAAAAUGAUGUUCGGUGUUUUUUGAUGAUUGUGAUGUUUGGUUGAAUUAUAGAAAAUGUGUAGCUGAAAAUGUGCUGUGUUUUUGUAAAGAAAAGUGAACCUUUUUCCAUAAUAAAAACAGGACUUUUGCCGUCA